AGGUAUCCUAGAAAUUUUACCGCUGCACGUGUAAUAACUCCUGGUCAAUUUGUGAACUACCUCGAUGAGAGCAUCUACAAUGUUCAACUUGGCCUCUAUGUGGUUGGUUAUAAAGAAGCGCAAGAUGUGAAUCUAAGGAAAUUUGUGCCACAGCAUAGGGUGUUGGCCAGACUGGCCACCUAUACGAAUCGAGCAGAUGAGCAAUACAGAUGGAAUCCAAUCGUAGAACGUUACAGCCUGGAUCGUGUCGAUGAAUGGUACCUCGACAGUGAUGAGGUGCGCGAGGAUCUUUUCACGUACAGAUUUGGCUAUCUGAAAAUGGCACCGCUACAAGAAGUGUCCGUCACAACUGGUCGAAGAUAUGUAGAACUUCCGGAAGGCAUUAUCUCCUCGCCUAUCUCGCUGCACUGGUUGUGGACUUUGCCAGCUGAUGGAGAAUUUCAAGGAAAUAGACAGGACAUACAAGCUAAGCUUAGUUUUGUUAAGGAAAAGGCUCGCCAACUGUGUCACGAUUGGUUCAAUGAAGAUGGUGCAUUAUCAAAUUUUAUAAGAGAAACGGAAACGAAUUCCAGUUGCCCAUGCAAGGAGGAGCAAGCAAAAAUGGAUUUGGGACGAUACAUGCCUCAUCCGAGGUGCAGUUCGCUCUUUCGUGAUGUUACUUGUACUGAAACGCUAGGAUCCAUGAAUUGUUACAUGUCCGCCCAAAAUGUUCGUGGAUCAACGUAUCGAACUACUUCGGAGGGUCAAGAAGAGGAGAGCUCUUAUGCAACUCAUUAUGGCCAAACAUGCUGCUACGAUGCGCGUGGUUUCUUGAUGCAGUCUACAUAUCAGCCAGUUGUCAAGGUGUGCCAAUUAUGA